AUGUGCUGCGACAGUGAGGCAAAGAAUCCAGAUAAUUGGAGGCUCUAUCACUUAUUGGGGCUAGAACAACCUGUGACGGCAAAACAGGUGCAGUGGACAUUUCGGAAAGUCACGCUGCGUCAUCAUUUUUACCAAGCCUAUCUUGUUCUCUCUGACACGGACCGCAAAAGUCUUUACGAUGCACUUGGCGAGGAUGCAGUGGGUUUUAUCCACAGCGGGAGUUGGGGUCCUCUGUUACACUUGCUUGGUUCUAGGGCAGCCAUUGGUUUUUAUUUCGGUUCCACAGUAGUGGCUUUUUUAGCGCUGCUUCUUUUUUUCAUUUUUCUGGGUGUUCGUGUGGAUGAUCACGUAGCUUGGUCAUGGACGGCGGUUGCUGCCCCACUUUUUGUUCUGGUCAUCGUGGCACUACUUAUUACGGCCUUCGCCGCCAUUGUAAGUUUGUUCUGGAGACCCACGUGGGAAGAAGGCAUGCACUAUGUCGAUCGAAUUCCAGCAGUCGGUAAUUUUAUUGCAGUAGUAUGUUACACCAUUUUUUGUUUUUUGGUUGUGAGUGCCGUUGGGAAUGACCAUGUGGACUCGUCUGGGAAAUUUGCAGCAUAUUUUUCCCUGCCUAUUAUAGCUGACGUGGUGUACUAUUUGUCUUCUUUGGUAUGGCGCUGGCCGCGUCGUAUACGGUUGCAGAUGGAAAUUGGUCUAAAUAAUCCUAGUUGUUUCUUGUGCUACGGAUUUUUUUUUCUGGGACUUAUUUAUCCAUGUAUUUCGAUUGCGCAGUGGCUUUUGAUUGGCCGCCGAAUCGACCGAAAUAUUGAGAGUAGCUGGUAUGUUGUCUUUAUUCCGUUUUGUUUCCGCGCUGCCUUCCGUGUGCUGGAGGCUUAUAUGCGCAGCAAGAUGAAGUGGACCAUUGGUGUCAAAACAGUUAUGGGAAUUACGUUUGACACGUUGGGUGCAUUUUUCUUUAAUGGAAUGCUGCUUGUCUCACUCUAUUUUGUUGCCGUACGCAUCACGCGAGGGAAGGAGGAAGUGCAGAUGCCUCUGGCACUGAUUCCCGUUUACGCUGCUCUGUUGUACCUUUUGUGCGCCAUGUUUUUCACUGUCGUUUAUCUUUGGGGAAAAAAUGCCGACAAUGAGCGUGAGGAGCGGCUAAACAACUUGAAGUGGAUCCCGACGGAGCUGUCGAAGGAUCGUCAGGGCGGCCCGAUGCUUGUACGCGACUUUGACAGGGGCGCAGACGACGCAAGCUGGAACGAUAUUGAAGACGAUAAUGGGUCAUCUUUGGUGUUUCAUGGAAGAGACGGAGAGGGAACAGAAAAAUACGAUUACUUUGAAAGCGUCACAGAUGAAGACCUUCUUGACGAGCACCACGGUGACGAGGCUCCAAACACACCAUACGGAGUUUCUGCUCCACUCGACGAAGACGUCGGGCCUCACUUUGGGAGCCACACCCCAACCGCGACGGACAGUGAAAUGGCAAGACGACCACGGGGAGGGCCCGUGCAUCAUGACCCGCUCAACCUCGAAAGGCAUGGUGCCGACCUCGAAAGCACAGAGAGCGACAAUGGUGAAGAGGAGGAAUAUGAUGAAGAAUACACGGACGAUGAUGAUCGUAUAGGGACAUUGAUGUCCUCCUCUCCCACUUCCAGUGCCUUCUUCACAUCAAGCAACCAUUCCGCGGGACGCUGA